GAGAGGCGCUUUAUUGACAAUAUGGCGAUGAGAGAAAGGGAAGGCUUUCGGCUUUGACAGCGUUGUGAAAUCCGCAGGAAUAAGUGAUUUUUCGUGUGCUCUGUCGGCAGCUGAGUGUUAUGGAUGAAGGGAGCCGGGGAUGUGCGAGAUGCUGUGGCUGAGCUGAGAGUGGGCAGCGAAAGUGACCAUGGCGUUUUUCAGACGGAAAGCUAAAGGAAAGGAACUGGAGAGAGCAGCAGAUGCUAAAGCAGGCAAAGCUCCAGUGUCCCCCAACUCUCCCUCCCGGAAUCACCAUGCCAUACUGGAGGCGGCUGGCCCCAGCCAUGUGGCCAUCAGUGCCAUCUCGGCUAACAUGGACUCGUUUGCCCGUGGCCGCACGGCCAUCCUCAAGAAGCAGCCCAGUCACAUGGAGGCAGCGCACUUCGGAGACCUGGGGCGCUCCAGUGUGAACUACCAGGCGCAGGAGACGCGUUCACGGCUCUCUAAGACGGUGGAGCAGAUCCUGCACGAUGGUGUGGCCCUUCCAUACUUCCUGCAGUUCAUGGAGACGCGCUCAGCAGAGCACCUGGUGCGCUUCUGGCUGGAGGCUGAGAGUUUCCGCUCCACUAGCUGGUCCAGAGUCCGCGCCCACAGCCUCAACUCGGUCAAGCACAGCUCCCUAGCUGAGCCUGCAUCUGCUGUUGGCUCUCCCGGCUCACCGGACUCACCCUCGGCCCUGUCAACAUCCCCAGGAGUGGAUGGAGGGGAAUCAGAGGAUCCUUUUCCGUCCCGGAUCCACUCAAGCCCCCAAGACACUAACUCUAAUGGUGGUGCUGGGACUGUGCACCGGAACUCCAUUUGCUGUGAGGGGAGCCAGAGGCCUGGAACACCCCAGCAACUUUCACUCCGAGUUGAGACGCCGACCCGACUGUCCUCCGUCUCCUCCAGGUCAGGGACGCCGGUUAAAGGCCAGUCCACCAACGCACUUCGAGAGCUCUCCGACAAGCUAAUGAAGAGUAUAGAGAGGGAUGCUGUCAACAUUUUCACUAAGUACAUAUCUCCAGAUGCUGCUAGGCCUAUUCCCAUCACUGAGCAGAUACGCAAUGACAUCGUUGCUAAAAUCUGCGGGGAGGAUGGUCAGGUGGACCCAAACUGCUUUGUCAUCGCCCAGUCAGUGGUGUUCACCAUCAUAGAGCAACAGCACUUUAGCGAGUUCUUGCGGAGCCAUUAUUUCUGUAAGUACCAGAUCGAGGUGCUGACCAGCGGUUCUGUGUUCCUGGCGGAUAUCCUCUUCUGUGAGUCGGCCCUGUUCUACUUCUCUGAGUACAUGGAGAAGGAGGAUGCAGUGAACAUACUACAGUUUUGGCUGGCUGCAGAUAACUUCCAGGUUCAGCUGGCUGCUAAGAAAGGCCAGUAUGACGGACAGGAGGCUCAGAACGAUGCCAUGAUCCUUUAUGAUAAAUAUUUUUCACUCCAAGCAACAAAUCCACUGGGCUUUGGUGACUCUGUUCGAAUGGAGAUUGAGUCAAAUAUUUGUCGUGAGGGAGGCCCUCUGCCCGAUUGCUUUACCACUCCACUGCGCCAGGCCUGGACCACCAUGGAGAAGGUCUACAUGCCAGGCUUCCUGUCCAGCAACCUGUACUACAAGUACUUGAGCGACCUUAUCAAUUCUGUACGGGCGGACGAGUUUGUCGGGGGAAACUCCAGCAUGUCGGGUCAUAGCACGACACCGGACAGCGACCGUGGCUCAAAUGCAUCAGAAGGGUUGCAGGCUCAGCAGGGUACCAAAAAAGCAGCCAUCAAGAUCCUGAAGAACUUUGAUGAGGCAAUAACUGUGGACAUCGCCAGUCUGGAUCCUGAGUCUCUGUACCAGAGACCAUAUGCUGGAAGAAUGACUUUUGGUAAAGUCAACGAGCUGGGCCAGUUUAUCAGGGAGGCUGAGCCAGAACCGGACGUCAAGAAAUCCAAGGGUUCCAUGUUUUCUCAAGCAAUGAAGAAAUGGGUGCAAGGAAACUCAGAUGAGGCUCAGGAGGAAAUGGCCUGGAAGAUUGCUAAGAUGAUCGUCAACGAUGUCAUGCAGCAAGGACAGCAUGAAAGCCCAGUAGCGAAGUCCACCAAGCUAUGACCCUGUGCUCUGAAGAAGCGAAGCUCCUGCUCUUAGCCUCCCAGCUGCUGCCCUCAACAUUAGAGCCAGACGUCACACCACCUAGAGACAAACUGCACACUGCAUUUACCCAACGGCGAGUUUGAAUGAAGCUAGAACAAGGAAUUCCUGCAUAUCCUUGACUUCCUUCAUAUCACGAGUGUAUGUGUGAGUGAGUGAGCGAAUGUGAGAGACUGAAAGGUGUGUAUAUGCACUCGAGCCAAAUUCGUGCUCACAUGACCCACACUUCCAUUUUCAAGCAUUAUGAAGGCUUUUUGUUUAACACAUGAAGAGGAGCUUGAAUAAAAGACGAGCAAAAGAAGCGAAUAAACAGCGAGAUGAAUGAAAGCAGAUGCACAAGAACCACAGACUUCCAGAACAAAUUCCCAAAGGGAGAGUGAAACAGCCACGAUCCAUGCCGCUCUAGAACUGCGCGAGGACCACCGCUGUUACCGUGCUGACCAAGAGGAAGCUCACAGGGACUUCGUAUGGUCUUAUAAAGUCAUAAUAAGACCAGGUUACUCCAGUCUAUCCACCCCCCAUAGUUUCCUGUUUUCCUUAUCCUCUGUUAUCCGUUAUCUUGCUCUCUCAUUCUCUCUCUCUCUUCAUUCGCCCCCUUUUUUUUUUAAUGAGACUGGCUAUGGGGGGAUGUUUUUUUUAAUUAGUUUUUUUUUGUUUUUGUUUUCCCUUUUUUAUAGCUCAGAGAUAUAACCAUGGUGACUAUGUACAGUUUUAUUUGCAGGUGUAUUCAUUCUGGCAUGGCACCUUAAAAGGGUAAAAGCAGCCACCUGAGACAUGGACUACACCAGUACGGUUUUAUCACUGAACUGACCUGAAUGGGCUGAUACAUUGUUACAGUUCAAACUGAAGCAAACGGUCACAAACUGGUUGGUUUUUUGACCAUUCUGUUCAACACCCCGCCACUCCUCCCUGGUAGCAAGAACUCCUUCAAGCACUGCAUCCAGAAUCAGCUCACUCCACAUGGACAAGUGCUAGUGCAAUGUUAUACCCCCCCCCUUUCCUCCAGUCUACAGUGGUGUAGAUUUCUGGUUUGCCCCACUCCUCCCAAAUAUAUCAAUGUAACUUCUUUUUAUGGUGAUUGUCUUUUUUUGUUUGUUUACCUUCUUUUAUUUUUUGUAUAAGAUGUCAACUCUGUGUCAAAGCGAAUUUCAGUGAUGCCUGUUCCAUUGGAAAAGUGUACUCUGUGAACAUGCUAGCAAUGAUAUUGCUUUGGACCUCAUUGAGACGUGGACAAGAACCAGAAAAAAUAGAUUUUUGGUACUAUGUACCACUAAUAUGUUUUCUGACAUGUAUGUGUACUUAAUCCAUAAUAUAUUUAAAUUGUGUUUGAUUUAAAUACAUAUAUUAUUGGAAAGUG